AUGGAGGAGGUUGCUAGGAACCCUUUGCCUGGCCCUGAGCCGUCUAGGAAGUCCCUGAACCCAUCCAAGGCUUCUGUCGCUGAUCACCCUCCUGUUGGAACUUCUGUAGUAGAACAGUUAAGGAAUUCAACUCUGGCUGAUCCCCUGCUGGCCCUAAUCGUAAUCGGAGUAGGGAAUGGUAGCCAACCUCAUGGACUCCCUUCUGCGGCCCCCAAACCCAGAACUUGGGCAAACGUUGCAAAGGUCUUAGCUAAAGGUUACAGCCUCUCUUAUGUUCCCCCGAGAGAGGAAAAUGGUGAAUUGGUCGCGGACAUUACACCAGACAUUAUGGCUGAUGAAAAUCCCCUUUGGCAGGAAUGUGUCGUUGGACACUACAUUGGGAAGAAAGUUCCCUUUAAGCUGACUAAAGAGGCUAUUAGGAAAGCAUGGGGUGAUAAAGUGGCUGACAUUAAACUCCAUGAAAAUGGAUUCUACUUCUUUAGGGUCCCAGAUUCUGUAUCCCGCAGGCAGCUCAUUGAUUCUGAUCCGGUCACAAUUUUCAGCUGCACUAUGUUACUGCAGCAAUGGCAUUCCAAACUAAAACUCAAAAGAGGAGUUCUUGAGACCAUCCCGGUUUGGGUAAGAUUGCGAGACAUCCCCUUCUCCUUAUGGUCUCCUUUUGGCAUUGGGCGAAUCGCUAGUGCCUUAGGGAAACCUCUUUAUGUUGAUGUUCAAACAGAACAAAUGUCGAGGAUCUCUUAUGCUCGAGUCUGUGUGGAGAUAAAGGCUUCAGACCCUAGAGCUGAACAAGUGAAGUUCCGGUGGGAAGAUGAAGUAAAUGUAAUUCAUGUUGAGUACGAAUGGAAACCGCUGGCUUGCCCUUCCUGUGGAAAUUUUGGGCAUAAAGAAGGUUCUGCUGGUUUCAAAUGUGCAGCUCAAUCUGCACCUGACCAGCAAGACACAUCUCACGCAAGCGGCCAUGUCAACAGAGUAGUCCAACCUGCACCUGUCCAGAGAGAUGAAGGGUGGACCCAAGUGCCUUCUAGGAAAGGCAAAGCACAUGCUGGAAGGCUACACUCAGCGCCAUUUUCAGCUCCUGCACAGUUCCUUCCGGGCUCUGCUUCAGGCUCGAAUCUGAACACUGCAGAAUCCCUUCUUGCUAUUCUGCAUCCACCUAUGCAACCCGAGAGAGGGGAUACUGACCUGAGACCUCCUGUGGUCACCGACACAGGCCCAAGCCUUCCCCCUGUUCCAAGUCCUGUAGAACCUACUGAUGAGCAGACUGAGGAGCAUUCUCUUCCCUUGCAGGCUUCCACCGAAGGAUCUUCUGAGUCCCAGGCAAUUCUGGACAAUUCUAGUGACUCGGAAGGAAUACUGGAAAGGGCAGCAGCCCGCUCCUCACCCCCCAACACAAGAUCUCGCACUUCUAUGUCUGGUGCUUCGGAUGAAAUGCCUAGACCCUCUCCCGGUUCUGCCCAUCACACGAUGCACCCUGGAUCAGAAUCUUGCUUGUUUACAAUUGUUUACGGUGAACAUACUUUUGUGAAGCGUAGACAACUAUGGGCUGAUCUCUACCGACUCUCUAAUGGCGACUUACCAUGGAUUGUGGCCGGGGACUUCAAUGCAAUCAGAGAUCCGGAGGAUAGGGUGGGCAGCUCAACUCCAUGGAUCCCAUCUUUUGAUGAAUGUAGAGAAGGCCUCAACCAGGCCGGUUUGGAGGACCUUCGAUAUGUAGGAUGCCGAUACACUUGGACGCAUUCUUCAGGGAUAAAUCGGAAAAUGUGUAAGAUUGAUCGGGUGCUUAUCAAUGACUGUUGGCUCCAACAAUUCUCUUUCUCUGAAGCCAAUUUUCUUCCGCCCGGAAUAUCUGAUCACAGCCCCAUGGUGAUUAAGAUUGUUCCACCUAGUUCUUCAAACAAGCCGUUCAAGUUUUUCAACUUCUGGAUUUCUCAUCCAGUCUUCAUGGAAAUAGUUACCCAAGUUUGGGAUACUCACUUCAUUGGCACCCCUAUGUUUAUAGUUUACUGUAAACUCAAGGCUCUCAAAGCAAAGUUGAAACUUAUGAACAGGACCUCCUUCUCAGACAUUUCAAACAGGACAGAGCAGGCCAGAUUGAAUCUCUCCACUGUUCAAACAGCCUUGGAGUCAAAUCCUUUUGAUCAAAACCUAAAUGCAAGCGAAGUCACACUAUUGCGAACCUUCUCUGACUUGAGAUCUCAAGAAGAAUCUUUCUUCAGACAGAAGUCUAGAAUCCGCUGGCUCAAGGAAGGAGACUUGAACACAAAAUAUUUUCAUCACUUUGUUAACAAAAGGAGACUUCACAAUAGAAUCCUAACUGUUUCAACAGAGGAUGGUGUGCUAAUUACCGAUCCUCAGGAAGUCAACAGCCAUAUCGUACGCCACUUUCAGAGUUUAUUAAAUGGCGGUUCAGCACCAGCCCAACCUUCUGUUUCAGAGUUGGAGAUUCUUAUUGAGAAAGUCUUAGAUGAAAAUCAGAGGACUAACCUAACUCAACCGAUUACUGAGGAGGAAAUCAAAUUAAAUCUUUUCUCGCUUGCUAAGGACAAAGCUCCUGGCCCUGAUGGUUACAAUGUCGAGUUCUUCAAACACACAUGGGAGAUCAUUGGCCCAUCUAUUCUGACGGCUAUAAAGGACUUCUUUGAGACUGGUCGAAUGCUUAAAGAGAUUAAUAACACCAUCUUAACGUUGGUGCCGAAAUCCCCCAAUGCAUCGGCCAUGAGCGACUUCCGACCAAUUGCAUGCUGCAACACCCUUUAUAAAUGCAUCUCCAAAAUCCUUGCUGGGCGCAUUGCAAAGGUUAUACCGACGUUGAUUGGAUCUUCCCAAACAGCUUUUGUUAAAGGCCGCAGAAUCAGUGACAACAUCAUGGUUGCACAGGAGCUUUUUGCGGACUUUCACCAUGAAGCUUACCUACCUAAAUGUGCCAUUAAGGUUGACUUCCAUAAAGCCUUUGACACGCUUGAUUGGAACUUCAUUGAAAGGGUCGACUUCACCAAUAACGAUGAAGACCACGAAGGGACCAUAGCCCAGCUCAAGACGAUGUGGAAGAAGUGUCGUCUUUUAAAGAUAGCUCUGCCCAAAAAAGAGCUCAAGGGGGAGCAAAAGUCCUAUUUCGCGACAACCGAGUAUAUUCGACGGCAUAAGAUCCCACAGGAGUUACGCCCGAAGAUACCCAAGAUGCCUCUCAAGCCCGCCACUCGCUCAGAGAACAACCGUCUCAAAAGGAAGGUGGAAGAAGCUCAAGAAAAAGCCUCCAAUAUAGCUCAAGCUUAUGAGCAGUUGAAGAAGGAAGUCGCCUCCCAUAUGUCUAUGGAUCAAGCCAAAUAG